AUGUCGUCGAUGCGAGGCCUCGUCCAAUUCAUCGCCGAUCUGCGGAAUGCGCGAGCUCGGGAACUCGAGGAGAAACGCAUCAACAAGGAAUUAGCCAAUAUCCGCCAAAAGUUCAAGGACGGCAGCUUGAAUGGGUACCAGAGGAAGAAAUAUGUGUGUAAGCUGCUGUACGUUUACAUUCAGGGUUACGAUGUCGAGUUUGGCCAUUUGGAGGCUGUCAAUUUGAUUUCUGGAAAGAACUAUUCGGAAAAGCAGAUUGGGUAUUUGGCGGUCACGCUGUUCCUCCACGAAGAGCAUGAGUUGCUGCACUUGGUUGUGAAUAGUAUCCGCAAGGAUUUGCUGGAUAUGAACGAGCUCAACAACUGUCUUGCUCUGCAUGCCAUUGCCACCGUUGGUGGACGAGAAUUGGGCGAAGCCUUGAGCUCGGAUGUGCAUAGACUGUUGAUUUCUCCAACAUCCAAGUCCUUUGUGAAGAAAAAGGCAGCGCUGACGCUUCUUCGUCUCUACCGCAAACACCCCAGCAUUGUGCAGCAAGAAUGGGCCGAGCGAAUCAUCUCGCUGAUGGAUGACCCUGACAUCGGAGUGACGCUGUCCGUUACCUCGCUGGUCAUGGCCUUGGUGCAGGAGAAUCCCGAACAAUACCGGGGAAGCUACGUCAAAGCUGCCCAGCGGCUGAAAAAGAUUGUGGUUGAUGGCGAAGUGUCGGCUGAUUAUUUGUACUAUCGGGUUCCCUGUCCGUGGCUUCAGGUCAAGCUCCUGCGGCUGCUUCAGUACUAUCCGCCAUCCGAGGAUACGCAUGUUCGAGAAUUGAUUCGCGAGUCGGUGGAACAAGUGAUGAACUCGGCCAUGGACGCACCCAAGAACGUGCAGCAGAAUAACGCACAAAAUGCAGUGUUGUUUGAAGCAAUCAACUUGCUGAUACAUAUGGAUACCGAAAAAGCUUUGAUGAUGCAAAUAUCUUCACGUCUAGGCAAGUUUAUCCAGUCGCGCGAGACUAAUGUGCGCUACCUUGGACUCGAGGCAAUGACGCAUUUUGCCGCGCGGGCAGAGACGUUGGAUCCUAUUAAGAAGCACCAGCCCUUUAUUCUCGGCUCGCUGAGGGACCGCGAUAUCAGCGUUCGCCGAAAGGGGCUGGAUCUCCUUUACAGCAUGUGUGACGUUACGAAUGCGCGUCCUAUUGUUGCCGAGCUUCUCUCGUACUUGCAGUCGGCGGAUUACGCAAUCCGUGAAGAAAUGGUGCUGAAAGUUGCGAUCUUGGCGGAAAAAUAUGCUACAGAUGCACAGUGGUAUAUUGACACAUCGUUGAAGCUCAUUUCGCUGGCUGGCGACCACGUGAGCGACGAGGUGUGGCAGCGAGUUAUUCAAAUCGUCACAAACAACGAAGAGCUGCAGGCGUAUGCGGCGGACAACCUGCUGAAAUAUCUAAAGGGGGACUGCCACGACAGCCUCAUCAAAAUUGGCAGCUAUGUGCUGGGCGAAUUUGGGCACUUGAUCGCGGAAAACCCAGGCUCUAGUCCUAUCGAGCAGUUUUUGACGCUUCAGCCGAAAAUGUUUACGUGCUCUGACAACACCCGCGCCAUGAUUCUGUCGUCGUUUAUCAAAUUUGUGAAUCUGUUCCCGGAGAUUAAGCCGCAGCUACUACAAAUGUUCCGGCUAUACAGCCACUCGCCAGACCCGGAAUUGCAGCAGAGAGCCUUUGAAUAUAUGAUGUUGGCGAGUAUGCCAGCGGACGAUCUCCUCCGAACGGUCUGUGAUGAAAUGCCACCGUUCUCUGAACGGGCGAGUGUUUUGUUGUCGCGGCUGCAUCAAAGGACAGCCGGCACGAGUGAUAAGCGCACUUGGGUUGUGGGAGGAAAGGAUGCCAACACGGACAAGCAGGAGGUCUUGAUGGCACAGAACACGGGGCUGAAGCGGACUUUUACCACGAUUGUCAACGGCGGACGCAACGGAGUUAACGGGUCAGCCAAGGGGGCAUCGAAUGACCUUGCUGGGCUUGACAUGACGCCAACCGGAACGCCGGCACCCAACCUCGCGAGCGCUGCUCACUUGAGUCCCGAUUGGGAGUUUGGCUUUAACCGACUGUACUAUGCGGAUGAAGGCGUGCUGUUUGAAGAUGCGCAGAUCCAGGUGGGGUUGCGUUCUGAAUACCGCGCGCAUUUGGGUGUAGUGAAGAUUUAUUUCACCAACAAGGCGGCGUUUCCCAUCGGUUCCUUUACGACCACACUGGACAACCCAUCGGCGCCGAGUCUUAAGAUUGAUACGAAGAAUUUGCCGGAUUCGUCCAUCGCUCCCGGUGCGCAGGGCCAGCAGACGCUGUUCUUUGAAGCUCAUGGACCCUUUGCCGACGCACCGACAAUCCGCAUUUCAUAUUUGGCCGGUGCGCUGCAGGCAUACACUUUGCAGCUACCGAUCCUGAUGCACCGGUACAUGGAGCCCUCUGAGCUGACGGUCGAAGACUUUUUCAAACGCUGGCGACAGAUUGGCGGAGCACCGCUAGAACUACAAAAGACGUUUGGUGUCACAGGCAAGGGCCGGGUGAUUAGCGAAAAGUUUACGAGGAACACGGUGGCAGGGUUCCGGUGGCGAGUGCUCAGCGGCGUUGAUCCCAAUCCGAGCAAUAUUGUGGGAUGCGCGGUGUAUCAGAUUGAGAAUGGCAAGACGGGGUGCUUGUUGCGGCUGGAGCCGAACUAUGAGAAGAACAUGUACCGUUUGACCGUGCGGGCAACGCAAGAAGGCGUUCCCCAGAUUUUGGUGCGCCAGAUGGAGCAGAAGCUGUCGCAGGGGGUUAGCAGUGAUGGUCUAACUGAUUGA